AUGGCCUCCGUCUUGGAGCUCGUCUGCAUCCACUCGGCCCUUAUGCUGCAUUAUGAUGAGGUGACAGUGACGGAGGAUAAGAUCAAUGCCCUCAUUAAAGCAGCUGGUGCAAAUGUUGAACCUUUCUGGCCAGGCUUGUUUGCAAAGGCCCUGGCCAAUGUCAACAUUGGGAGCCUCGUCUGCAGUGUAGGGGCUGGUGGACCUGUCCCAGCAGCCAGUGCGGCACCAGCAGGAGGUCCUGCCCCCUCCACUGCUAUGGCCCCAGCUGAGGAGAAGAAAAUGGAAGCAAAGAAAGAAGCACCUGAGGAGUCUGAUGAUGACCCUGAGGAGUCUGAUGAUGACAUGGGCUUUGGUUUUCUUGACCAAAUCUCUUUUGUAACACAGUCAAUAAAAAGCUGA